AUGCAUAUUCUGCUGGUCAAUGACGAUGGUCCACCCAACAAGCGCCUCUCACCAUAUGUGCGCCCUUUAGUCGACGAGCUCCAUGCCGCCGGUCACCAAGUCUCCGUGGCGAUCCCCGCGGCGUCACGCUCGUGGAUCGGCAAAGCCCAUAUUAUCGAAGCCGCCCUCACCGCGAGCUUCGUUCACCCCGAUUCCUUCCGUGACGAUGGAUCCUGGGACGAGGAUUACACGCCAAGUCCAGAAUCAGCACACCUGCGUGACUGGGUCGUCAUUCAGAACGGCACACCGGCCAGUUGCGCCCAGCUUGGACUCUACAGCCUCUUCGCAGACCGGCCGCCCAUCGACAUCGUCAUCUCCGGUCCCAAUCACGGGCGGAAUGCCUCGACCAUCUACAACCUAUCCUCGGGGACGGUCGGAGGUGCCCUCGAAGCUGUCUUCUGUGGACAGCGGGGAAUCGCUAUCUCUUUUGGAAGCAAGGAUCCUCAGCCCGGCGAUGUGAUCAGCGCCGCGGCUCGACAUGCGGUGCGUGUCGUCGACCAUCUGCUAGGGCACUGGGAUGAGAGGGUCGAGCUCUAUAAUAUUAAUAUCCCGAUGCGACUUGACGUGGAGACCCAACCUGUCUUAUACACGCGCACUCUGCCGUACUACUGGUCGCGAGGCUGUCUGUACGCCGAGGUCGAGCCGCAGACUAAAAACGUGAUCGUAAACGGGUCCAUGGCUACCGGUGUCCAUAAAGAGCAGCGUGAACAGAAUCCCGCGACGAUUGUCAAUGAUGUCAAUGUCAAUGGCAUCAAUGAGGCCGAAGCACAUCCCGAUCAAUCGAUCAGGAAAAAGCGUCACUUCAAGUGGUCAGCCGAUCUAUCAGAUAUGAAAAAACGACUUCAAGAAAGUGAAGUGGGAACCGAUGCGCAUACCGUGUUGAAUGGGGCUACGAGUGUCACCGCGCUCCGUGCCAAUUUCUGGCAUGUUCCUGGACUCGAGGGCCCGCUGUACCUGGAAUGA